GCUCACGUCAGUCAGGAGGCGGAAGCGCAGCGGGGGCGGGAAGGUUGUAGUGCCGCGAGUUGAGCUCUUCUUGCCUAAGUGGUCGCGCCCCCUUUAAGAGCAGUGAUUGGAAGACGAGGCGAUCCCGGUGUCCUAGGGUCCCAGGUGAUUGUGAAGUGCUGACCAAUUGCCACUGGACAUACUUGAAACAAAAUAGGAAAAUGGCAGCAAACUCUUCAGGACAAGAGAUAGGGUCUUGCUAUGUUGCCCAGGCUGAUCUCGAACUCCUGUCCUCAAGUGAUCCUCCUGCCUUGACCUCCCAAAGUGCUGAGAUUACAGGUUUUCAAAACAAAAAUAGAGUUGCAAUCUUGGCAGAACUGGACAAAGAGAAAAGAAAACUACUUAUGCAGAACCAGUCUUCAACAAAUCAUCCUGGAGCUAGCAUUGCACUCUCGAGACCCUCUCUUAAUAAGGACUUCCGGGAUCACGCUGAGCAGCAGCAUAUUGCAGCCCAACAGAAGGCAGCUUUGCAGCAUGCUCAUGCACAUUCAUCUGGAUACUUCAUCACUCAAGACUCUGCAUUUGGGAACCUUAUUCUUCCUGUUUUACCUCGCCUUGACCCAGAAUGAAGAAAACAUUUGCGAUGGAAAAGUGACUUUGUAAUAUCAAAUGCCAAAGCUACUAUCAUUCAGUGCUAUAUGAACUGUGACUUUAAGAAUUUUGGUGAACUUUGAUAUUUUUUGUUUGUCUGAAAGAAAGGAAUGUGUAAGUGAAAGCAGAAGGAAGAAUAACCAGGAUGAUGAGAGCUGUGGAAGCUGUAUUGUCCAAGGAAUUGAUUAUGUACUGUGACGGUAACUUUUUUGUAAUGCUGUUUAACUCUCAAUCAGACUCUGAAUUGGAUGGUCACGAAAUCAUUCCCCAACUCCUAGCAAGUUUGACUGAAUAUAUCAUGUCCACAGUAGAUUUUCAAGAAUCAUUUAUAGUACUUAACUUUAAAGAAACAAGGGUGCUUUAAAAAAAUGAACCAAUAGGCUUAAAUCAAUUGCAUCCUUAUUUGCUGUUUAUAGGAUUGCUAUCAGUAUACCUUUUGAGUUUAUAGUCAACAUGUAUCAUCCUGAAAUAAUUCUUUCUGGACUUAUAACUACUUCCCCUUUUUCAUUUUAAAACAAACCCCAAGAAUAAAUUACUAACCAGUCUUAACCAUCUUUUAUAAACAUAUGCUCUUAUAAAUGUUGUGACUAAAUGCAAUUAAAAAUAAUAGGAAGUGUGGUAGUUUUUUUAAUUUGUACAUCCUCUUAUUUAGUGUUACCACAUAAAUGAUGAGUUUGUGUGGUUCUAUUUUCCAUUUUUGUUCUAAUUGAAAACUUUUUGGCUGGGCAUGGUGCCUCACGCCUGUAAUCCCAGCACUUUGGGAGGCCAAGGCGGGCAGAUCACUUGAGAUCAGGAGUUUGAGACCAGCCUGGCCAACAUGGUGAAACCCUGUCUCUACUAAAAAUAUAAAAAAUUAGCCAGGUAUGGUGGCACACGCCUGUAAUCGCAGCUACUCGGGAAGCUGAGGCAGGAGAAUUGCUUGAACCUGGGAGACAGUGGUUGCAGUGAGCUGAGAUGGUGUCACUGCACUCCAGCCUGGGUGACAGUGAAUCUUCGUCUCAAAGAAAAAAAGAAAAAGGAAACUUAUGCAAGUCGAGCUCCUUUUUAAUUACUUUAAGUAGGAAGGGAUUAGGUUAAGAAAGUCUCUCAACAUGACCCAUCUUUAGCAGUAUCUGGGGUGCUUAUUUAAGUAUGCAGUCCCACUACCCUACCCUAGUCCUACAGAAUUAGAAUCUGAUUCAAAAUAAAGUCUGAAAACCAUGAGAUAGAGAAUUCUAUGAAAUAUCUUGUACAGAUUUUCGUGAUAUAUUUAUACACGCAUGGGUUUGUAGAUCCCUGAAACUUAUAGGUCAUUUAGCUAAAAUCUACAUUUUUUUUAACUUUUAAUAGGAUUGAAAUGAUAUUUUACACUGUAUCACAGAUAGAGUAUUUUAUAUAACUUUUUGUAACUGACCUCAUCUUGGCCGUGAGUCCCAUCCUCUCUGGUGGUAGGGUAAAACUGAAAAUUCCAGUUAGGGUCAAUAUUUAGUGAAAGUUCUUUCUUUUCAGAGAGUUUGUUCCCCCCCUUCUUCCUUAGAUAUUUUCCAACACACAGCCCCAUCCUACUCAAACCAAGUGAAGCAAGGGUGGACAGUUCUAGAAUUGGCUGUGCCAUGUAGGUUUUUUUGAGAAUUUGAACUGAUUUCCUUCAUUUUGAUGAGGUGGCAACCGUCCCCAUUGUAAUGGUCACCAUUGCAGCGAGGAUUGCCUUACUUCUGCAGCAUAGAGCUCCUCAGGGGACCUCUGGCUCCUGUCCUUCCUCAGGUCCAUCCAACUACUCCUUGGGCCUCCUUAUGGUAGCCCUCAUUGUCUUGAGUUAAUUUCACUAGGUUUCUGUUCUCUGUGAUCGGCAACAUAACUGACAUGGUUCUAAAUCUGUCUCUAGGGGAGAUAACACAUUAGUAUAUUUUCUACACUAUUGAAGCCUCUACCUAAUGUAUGACUUUUGUAGCUCAGGUAAAGAGAUCUUUUUACCAGUGGUAUCCUUUCUAGUCUGUUAGCCUUUCAAAUAGAUGUGGCCUAAAUCCUGUAGUCCUGGCUAGGAAGCACUUCUCUCCACCCCUCUGCUUUGAGUCACAAAUUCAAUUCAAUUUCCUAGGUAUUUAUUAAUACCUACAGAUAGAUAAAGCACUGUGCUUUGGGGGACACAAAGGUGAUUGGCACCUGCUCUUUUAGGAGGUCACCGUGCAGAGGAUCCUAUUCUGGUAGACCAAUAGUUGUAAAGCAAGCCACAGCCUGGGCAACAUAGUGAGACCCGUCUCUACUAAAAAUUAAAAAAAAAAAAAAAAAGAUGGGCUAGGUGUGCUGGUGCAUGCGUAGAAGUCCCAGCCACUUGGGAGGCUGAGGUGGGAGGAUUGCUUGAGUCUGGGAGGUUAAGGCUGCAGUGGGCCAUGAUUGCACAACUGCACUCCAGCCUUGGCAACAGAGUGAGACCCUGUCUCUAAAUCAAUCAAGCGAGCCAGAAUGCAGUAGUGGCCUGAGAGAGGCAUCCUGGAACGUAGUGCGGUCUGGCUAGGCUUAGAAGUAUUCAUGUGAUUUUUUAUUUAUUUAUUUUUUGAGAUGGAGUCUUGCUCUGUCGCCCAGGCUGGAGUGCAGUGGCGCCAUCUCGGCUCACUGCAAGCUCCGCCUCCCGGGUUCACGCCAUUUUCCUGCCUCAGCCUCCCGAGUAGCUGGGACUACAGGUGCCCGCCACGACGCCCGGCUAAUUUUUUGUAUUUUUAGUAGAGACAGGGUUUCACCGUGUUAGCCAGGAUGGUCUCGAUCUCCUGACCUCGUGAUCCACCCGCCUCGGCCUCCCAAAUUGCUGGGAUUACAGGCUUGAGCCACCACGCCUGGCCUCAUGUGAUUUUUACCUGACAAGGGAAGGAAGAGCUGCUCCAUGUGCAGAGCAAGGUUUCAGAAUGAGAAGAGAAGAGCAGGCACCGCAGAGGGUGAGGGAAAGGGCAGCAGUGGACUGGGAAGCCCUCAGGUGGAGGUCAGCAUUGCUUCCCUCAGAUCGUGGGUGAAUUUGAGGAACUCAGUUAAUAUCUUUGCAUGUUCCUCCCUCCCUAAGGUGAGAACAGCACAUGCUCUGCCCAUGUCAGAAAUUGUCUAGACUAGUGUUUUUCAAAGUGCAAAAGCCUCAACCCAUUACUGAGUUGAGAAGCCAACUUAAUGGUUUAACAGGAUGUGAUCAGCAUUUUUUCCGAAAAAAUCAAAAACAUCUGAGUGUACUGCAUAUAGAAAUAGGUGGUUUUGCCUCAUGAAUAUUCUGUUUCUGUGUGUUCCUAUAUGUGUAUAUUUUACUUUGUAUUUUGUUGGUUUUUUAAGAGACAGUCUUGCUCUGUCGUCCAGGCUGGAGUGCAGUGGUAUAAUCAUAGCUCACUGCAAGACUCCUUGAAUCCCUGGGCUCAAGCAAUCCUCCACCCUUAUUCUCCCAAGUAGCUGAGACUACAGGCACAUGCCACUAUGCUCAGCUAAUCUUUUUUUAAAAUUUUUGUAGAGACAGCGUCUUGCUAUGUUGUCCAGGCUGGUCUUGAACUCUUGGCCUCAAGCAGUCCUCUCAAUCCUCCCACCUUGGCCUCCUAAAGUGCUGAGAUUACAGGUGUGAGCCACUGCACCUGCUUACUUAUUUUGUCUAUUGUCUGUUCCACUAGUAUGUAAAGUCUUAGGGGGCAAGAAUUUUUGUUUAUUUCCUUCUCUUCCUCCUCUCCUUUCUUCCUCUUUUACUUCGUUCACUACUGUAUUCCACAUAAAAUAUAUCUGGCAUAUAGUAAGUGUUCAAUAUGUUGAAGGAAUGAAAGAAUUUAUAUGACUUGAGUUGCAAUAUAAAGUGUAUAUUUUUUUUACUGUGAGUUAUGGCAAAAAAAGUUUUGAAAGCCGCUUCUAAAUAAUGCAGAUGUCAGUGCUUUGUAUGACCCUGGAAUAAAAACUGAAAUGACUUAGUAAUUUCAAA